AUGGCGCAACAUCUAGCCCGUUUCGCAGCGAUUUUGGCAACAGCAACAGAGCCGCUCACCAUGGUGAAAAGGGCCUCGAGUGAAGAGCUCAAGCCGAUUUCUGUGCCGGCGAGUGGGUCUUGGUGGGUUCUCUUCGUAAAUGCCACAGUUUCUAUAUACUGACAGACUGUCAGGCAAGGCUAUGAUGGCGAGUGGUCGACAUUCCACGUCCAGGUCGGCUCUCCGCGUCAGUGGGACCAUACUUCGAUCUUCAAAGCAAGAGACUGACCCCGUUCAUAGCACAACUGCUGCAUCUGCUGCCUGGAACCUCCGUUCAAGCAGGGAAUGCCAUCUGGGCCAUCGCUCCCGAGGGCUGCACGGUCGACAACCCCGGACUCUGGGACUGCGCAGAACUAAGGGGAGAUGUAUUCAACAUGAACGACUCGUCGACGUGGAAGAGCUCGGCGAAUGGAUCGUUCUACAACCUGGGCCUGAUUGCUGAGAACAUGUUGGGACUCCAUGCAAAUGCUACCUAUGGCUUGGAUACCGUGACGCUCGGAACAGAUCAGUCUGGAUUGCCUUCUUUGCCGAAUCAGCUUGUUGCUGGUGUUCAGUCGAAUGACUUCUGGAUUGGAAGUCUUGGCAUCAGUCCGUUGCGUCUCAACGCAUCUUCGGGGGAUGUAGGGAAAACUCCCACUCUCAUGGGCGCGCUUCGGGAUCCAAAUGAUACGAAGAUUCCCAGUACCACUUGGGCUUACACUGCUGGUGCAGCUUAUAAAGAUGCUCCGGUAUUUGGUAGCCUUACUCUGGGAGGCUACGACGCCAACCGAUUCGACCCCAAUACCUCCGUGUCCGUACCAUUCUCCAUCAACCCGUCCGCGGAUCUGCAAGUCAACUUGCAAUCGAUCACCUACGACACCGAAGGCAGCUCACCGCUGCUCACGCAGACCAUCACGCCCUACGUCAACUCCAUGAUCACGUACAUCUGGAUGCCGAUCGAAGUAUGUCAAGCGUUCGAAGCGGCUUUUGGGCUGGAAUGGGACAACGCGACGGAACUCUACCUGCUCAACGAAACGACGCACGACAGACUGCAGCGACAGAAUCCGACGUUUUCUUUUACCCUCGGUGGCUCCGUCGAGACUGGGGAGACGGCCGAGAUCAGGAUCCCCUACGAUGCCUUUGAUCUGAACGUCACGUAUCCGCACGUGAACGGGUCCCGCUGGUACUUCCCCCUGAAGCGCGCGCAGUACGGGAGUCAGUAUACGCUGGGAAGAGUGUUUCUGCAGGAGGCGUAUGUCAUUGCAGACUACGACAGGCGAAACUUUACUGUCGCCCAAGCACUUUUCCCGACCGAUUCGACGCCGGAGCUCGUGACCAUUCUCCCUCCCGGGGAGAGCGACAACAGGAGUAGCUCGCUCAGCGGCGGCGCCAUUGCAGGAACCGUCAUCGGUGUCCUCGCAGGAGUCGCGGUGGUUGUUGCUGGCUUGGCUUUCUGGUUCUGGCGUAGACGCCGUCAGCAGCAAUCCACACCUCCUCCUCCCGCCACCACAGGAGUGGAAGAAGUCGAUGGGGCACAGAACCAGAUCCACGAAAAGCUCGGCGCUCCUGUCGCCCGCGUGGAAGACUCGACUCUCCCUUACAAACCCGACAAGCCACCUGAGACGGGAACGUAUAGUCCUUCGGAAUUACCAUCCGAGACGACGCUGGAUCGGGAAUUCAGCUGGCCGUCUGAGUUGCCGGCGGAGAUGCCGCCUGUUCAAGAGUUGGCGAGUGACGAGCGGAGGGUAAAGAGGUAG